AUGUCGCAACCCCGAGCAACUACGAAGUCAGAUCACGUUAACUUGAACGGGCGAACCCUAGAAGGAGGCGGCCAGCUGGUCCGCAUUGCCCUCGCACUGUCAACCUUGACCAGUCAGCCAGUCAACAUCGAUCAUGUUCGCGGAAAUCGCCAGGGAAAGAAGGGAUUGAAAGGAUCCCAUGUCGCAGCCGUCAAGUUGCUGGGCGAGAUCAGUGACAGCAAAGUGUCUGGCAAUGAGAUCGGCUCCGAGUUCUUGAACUUUUUCCCGCAGCACUCGAAAUCAAACAACGGACCUUUGGUGGAUCUAUCGCAAGUUGAGGUGCAGACUGAAUACAAUAUUCGCCUCCCGACAGCUGGUGCCAUCUUUCUUGUGUUCCAGGCUCUCUAUCCAUACCUACUUCACGUCGGAGCAAAGGCAGCUGCUCCAUUCAUCACAGUCAGCAUCACGGGUGGAACAAAUGCAUCUUUCUCUCCGUCAUACGACUACGCCUCACAAGUCCUUGUACCAAAUUUCGCUAAACUUGGACUACCCCCUCUUUUCAUUCUCCUUCACAAGCGUGGCUGGUCAUCAGGGCCGGUUGAGCUAGGCUCAAUACAAUUCCUCAUCCAUCCACUUGGACAUCAAGAUAAUUCAGAUGAAGCGAGGACAGGUUCACAAUCCGCAAUCUCUGGGUUUCCACGGAUCAAUCUCAUGGACCACAAGCGUGGGGGAAUUACGAAAAUUGAUAUUACGGUACUGGCACCAGAUUCACCACCUAUCAAUGCGGGUGCACUGGGAGAGGGUGGAAGCACUGCCCGUCAGUAUAUUGAGCAAGUCACCCAAAAGACCCUGCGUCGUGCACUGAAAAAGUUGAACCCGUCUACGUUUGCGAAGCCCUCGACUUCGAAAUCCGAAGGGGAUGACAUUGCUAGAGAUGUUGCCGAUGACAUACCAAUUCCUAUUGAGAUCCACACCUCGGAAGCUACAAGCCACCGCAGUCAUGUAUAUAUCCUCCUUGUGGCCCAUACCUCCUCGGGCUUCAGGAUAGGGCAUGAUGCUCUGGGCAGUUUACCGAAAGAUCCGUUCGACCAAGGGAGCAAACCAAAGCACAAAGGGAAGCAAAAAGCACGGUCAGAUUCUCGUUCUCGACAUGAGUCAGAUGCUUAUGGGAUUAAGAGCCUGGUUGGCCGAUGUGUGGACGGGUUCAUUGAAGAGAUCUCGAACGAGAGUCCAAAUACAGAUGACACAGGCCCUCCUGGAAGUGAACCAUGUCUAGAUCGACACAUGCGAGAUCAAAUAGUCAUUUUUGAGGAAUUAGGGAAGGCAUGCCACCCCGAAGUUGAGGGAGCCAACGAAGCCCUAGAAGACAAGCGAGAAUGGACCCUGCAUACGAAGACAGCAGAGUGGGUAUGCCGGCAGAUGCUAGGAAAUGGGUGA